AUGGGGCAGUUUAAAAAACCCAGUUCAAACUUGAUUUUUGAACCAGUUUUUGGUUUAGAAGAUAUUAAUAAUGCAAUUGAUCAAAAAUCAAACAUUAUAGAAGAUGGAAUCAAUUUCGUUAAAAAUUUAAUUAAAGAAAUCGAAAUUGAUGCGUCACAACCAUUAGAUGAUAAUACUGGUUCAAAUAUCUUAAGUCCAUCAUACAAUCCUAUAUCCAAUGGUAGUAUAUCACUGACAUCAACAUUGACACCAACACCAAUAACUACCACAAUUACAACCGUAACAAAUGAUGUUGACACUAACAACAUAAUUGGAUUUUUAUUAGUUGCAAUAUGCUGGGGAUUCACAAAUCCGUUUAUUAAAAAAGGAAGCAAAGGAAUUGAAAAUAUUAAACAUGAUAAUUGGUUAAAACAAACAGUUUUUGAGAUUAUUUUUUUGUUUACUAGAUGGCAGUAUAUCUUACCUUUAUUGCUUAAUUUAAGUGGCUCGAUUGUUUAUUAUUAUACACUUGGACAAUCAGAUUUAUCAUUAGCAAUUCCAAUAACAAAUUCAUUAACAUUUAUAUUUACUACAUUGGCUGCAAGCUUAAUAGGUGAAGAGAUUGGAUCCAAGGAAACAUGGAUUGGUAUGGGACUUGUAGUAAUCGGAGUUGGAUUAUGCGUUGAUAGUAAAGUUCAAUGA